AUCACACGCAGGGAACCCGCGUACACAUACACCGCUUUUUCUUGGGGAAGAAGCAUUCUCUGUCAUCACCGUUUCCAAUUUGAUUUUUCUGCAAAAAUCUAGGGUUAAGACUCUGUCGUCUCCGGCCAACAAAAAGUGAAUAAAAUCCAACGAGCGGUUAGUUAUCGUAACAAUUGCAUCCAAUCCCCACCAUGAAGCCAGAAUCGAAGCAGACGCGGCGGAAUAACACUGACAAAUCCAGUGCUUCCUGCUACGACUUCACCAAACUGUCAGAGGCGCUUGAGUCCGCCGAGGACGGCACCGUUGCGGGUGUGAUUCCCUUUGGAGCUGACUCCCUUGUGGCUACAACUGUACAGAGCGAUGUUAUGUCUCCUUACGAUUUUAAAGAGAUCGGCAAAGCGUUGAAUCUUGUGGAGAAAAACUGUACUAGGAGACUCAAGGCCAGAAAGAGAAAGCUCAAGAGGAUGCGACAAAAACAGAGAAAAGCUCAAGCUUUUGAGGAUUUGGACAAGCACGAUCCAAACACCCAUCGCUUUUGUCCGGAGCUGUACACAGUAUUAUCCGUGGUUUAUUAAAUUAGAACGCCCUUGAGUCUUGAAUCUCAACUUCUCCAAUGUUUUUUUUUUUUUUUUUUGGUUGCUAAUCCUUUUUUUGUUGAUAUAGAAACAAGAUUGGUUCUGCAGAGUGCUGUAGAAUUGGAAUUACAGGUUUUACCGUUUUUGAUUCAUAUCUUAUUUAACAUGAUUGGUAAAUUUCAGUGAUGAAUUAUGGUGCACGUAAGUUGCCUUGAGCCCACCUGUGAAGUUAGAAGCAUUAAAUAUUGAAUGUGAAU